UUGUGGUUGUUGUUUCCUUGUUGUAAAUAGAAUCCCAUUUGAGUUUGUCUUGUUAUUAUAUUAUAUUAUUACUAAUAAAGAAUAAAGUUUUCUUUCUUUUCCAAAGUUGUGUGUUUGUGUUUGUUUUCUCUCAAUUUGAAUCAGAAAUUUCACGGAAAUAUUGGCUUGGUAAAUUUUCCAUGCAAUCUUUGUGAUUGUUACAAUUUUGUGUGUGUGUGUGUGUGUGUACACUUUUUGAUACAUUGAAUUUCGAAUUUUUUUUCACAGCAGCCAAGUUCGAUCUCGAGAUGUUGUGCUGCACAUCUCUUUUGAUGUUGCUGUUUUUUGUACCAGCAUUAUUGAUAAGCGCAUCAUCAGUGGAAGAGGAACAUUAUGGCGUUCGAUAUGCAACAGCUUGUGAAGUGUGCAAGAUUCUCGCAUUAGAGUUGGAGAAUCGAUUUCAUGAUACGGCCAAGUCACACGAUGUGAUUGAGACUGGAUACACGUUCGACAGUGACCAACGUGCCAAAAAACAAUACAAAGCCUCCGAACUUCGAUUGAUUGAAUCCAUGGACGGAAUAUGUGACGUGAUGUUGGAAUACAACAUUCACAAGGAACGAAAGGACAGCAAUCGAUUCGCAAAAGGAAUGAGUACGACGUUCCAGACACUUCAUGGUCUGGUGGACAAGGGUGUCAAAGUGGAUCUGGGCAUUCCAUACGAUCUUUGGGACAAACCAUCGGCCGAAAUAACGAAUCUGAAAACGCAAUGCGAAGACAUGAUGGAAAAACACGAAGCCGACAUUGAACAGUGGUACUAUCAUCAUCAACAACAACAGUCGUUGAUUCAAUAUCUGUGCCAGGAUCGAGUGUUGCCAAACGACAAUCAUCAUGGUGAUACAGCCGCUUGUCUGACCGAAACAACACUGCCAUCGAAAGAGGAACUGUAGUAGUAGCUGAGUGGAUUAUAUUAUGCAUUUUAUUGUCAUUGCUGUUGAUAUUUGAUAAAGAUAAGCAGAAAUGAA